CGUAGUGACUGUUGGACAGCGAAGAUUAUCAGGAUGAAAAUUGCGCUGGUGUUAAUGCUGUGCGCCAUUGCGGCCGCAGCACCCAAAGUCGAAAACCAUAAAGUGGAAGUCGUCAAUAAUGCAGAUUGGCUGUCGACAGUACUCGAAGAUUUAACUCCGGAACAGCGAAAUAUAUUGGUGAACGCUCUGGUACGCCAACUGAUCGCGUUCUUGCGAUACAUAAUCACCAAUGGUUCAUCCGUCUUCGGCAUUCCGGUUCUAGAUCCUCUUGAACUUGAAUCCUACCAUUUCUAUUUGCCGGCUGGAAUUAUCAACUUAGACAUGACAUUGAAGAAUGCCUUGGCGACUGGUUUUGGCGGCUUUGUGGUGCACAAGAGCGAUCUCAAUCUACGUGAUCUCACGUUUGACGUCGACUUCACAUUUCCCAAGUUAGACAUAUCUUCUGAGCAUUACGAUCUAACGGGGAACCUGUUGCAUGCCAUACCUCUGUUCGGAAAUGGUAAAGCUGAAUUUGAAAUUGAAGAUUUCAGAAUUAAGGCCCUAUUAUUCUUGAAACAGUCUGAAGACGGGAAUUCUGUACUUAUCGACAGGAUUGCGAACGCGGCCUUUGAGAUGCCAAACUUCAAGUCGAGAGUGACGGGUGUUAUCGGCGGUGGUGAUAUCGACGCGAUUUUCAACGCGAUGAUUGAAGACGUGGUCAUCGACUAUGUGAAUAGGUUCCAAGGAGCAAUCGCGGCACUCGUCUCUCAUGGCAUCACCCAUUUCGCAAACCCUUUCCUCGACAAACUGGAUACAUGGAGAUUUAUCGCACCCCUUUUGCCACGCUAACUUAUCCCUUUUUAUUAAUAGAUUGAUUUAAGUGUACAUACGGUUGUAAAUAAUAUAUUCCAUUCAUUAAAUUUGUUACUUGAUUCUAUUUAUUCCGUAAAUACUUAAUUAAUUGCUGUAACCAACAAUAUUUCAAAAUAAAAAGGCGCAAUGUAGAUAAACU